CUUCCACCGCACUGCACAGGGCACCUCACUCCACUCCACCCCGUAGUGUUCCAGAAUUAUGGCUGGCUCGAGCUACGCCCAGCACACUGCACCCCACCCUGCGUCACGAACUAGUACAAUGAAGAUUCCGCCGACGAGCUUCUCAGCGUCAGUCACCUCACCACACCCUAUCUCUUAUUCCGAUUCGCAAGGUUCUUUUGCCCGAAGACGUGAAACACUCCCCGUCCCUCCCUGCUUCCCAGUGCCCUGCCCUCCCGCCGCGGUGUGACGUCAUGUCAUGUAUUCGCUUCUCUCGAUCCCUUGCGAUCGUCCUCGCCCUGGCCUUCGCCCUGCCCCGCCGUCGCGAUGCUGCGGACGCGUACUCGCUGAAAGAGGAGUGUGUGCGAAGGUGGACGGAGGAAGCAGCCAGACAAGACCCAAGCCGUCGCUAUGCGUUCGUCGAAGCCGACGGCGUUAACCGCGACGAGCUCACGGAUUGGCCGAAGCGGCUGACAUGUUACCACAUGUACCUGGGCAAGAAUGACUCCUACGAGUACACGUGCGAGAAGAAAAGCUGCGACGCAGACGACUGUUUAGUGCUGGAAGAUCACAACGUGUGGGAGGCCGCUCACAUGUUGAUAGACCGAGCGAACGGCGAGGACACACAAAGCACGUGGUACGGCAGCAACGAGAUGUGUUUGGAUGUGACGGUGUCUAUUAAAGGAGACGACACCAGGGCGGGGUUCCAUGACUUGUUGUUCCUGGUUCAGGAAGCCUCAAUCCAAGACGAAGGCAAAAGAUUCGUACGACAGUUACCUGCACAGGAAGAGUAUAAGAGGCGUUUCUGCUACCAGUUUGGGUGCUUGGAAGAGAUCUGCUACGUGGACAUCAAGUACGACUUGGUGAGCGGAGCCCGCUUGGAGGCCUUCGACUUGGAGUACGAGGAAGGAGCCGCCGUGGACGGGGACGACACAGACAGGGCGUGGCCAGCGCGAGCUCGCUAUCGAGAUGCGCUGUUCCGCGAGUCGACGCUUGCAGAGCUGAAGCUGCGGGUGAGGGUACCCGAGAACGACGACACUCUUUGCGACGCUUUGGGCAUAGCACUGGUUGUGGGGCAGGCACUGCCAGGUGCAAAUAUUCUUGCUCUUGGUAGCAUUGGUCUAGAAAUAGCGUGCUAGAUGGGGAUGGGAAGCAGCAUGGGGAUGGAACACACCUAUGUGGGGAUGAAAGACACCACAAGCUGGAUCAUGCUGGAGACAGAAAUUGAAGACAAGAGCGAGGUGGAAAGGGGCGGGUGUUGGGUGGCUAGGUGGACAUAUUAUGCUGCUGCCAGUGA